CACCAAGCUAACACUGGCCCUAUGAUCACACGGCCGAGCGCAGCGCCGAGUUCGCCGAGUGCCGAGUGGGCAGUGUAAUUGCGAUCAGUAAAGCAGCAGCGCUUGUCUACACCCGGUGUAGUACCUCCACCGCAGCAGGCGGUCUGGUCCAUCUGCAGGCCCGCACCUGUCGCUGUCUCAUCAGCAUUCUCGAGUCCCGGAUCACGCUCCUGCACUGCACAAGGUUCUGUAUCUGGAUAAGAGAAAUGGAGCUCUCUCUGACGGACCUGCCGGCCGACGUGCUGCUCGGCGUCAUGCAGCAUGUGGACGUGCCGGACCUGCUCGCGUGCCGCCUCGUGUGCAAGCGGCUCCACGGACUCGCCCUGCAGCCGGACGCGUGGCGGCACCGGCAACUCCACGGCAACCGGCACACACCGCAGGCCCUGCGUUUGGCGCCUUGCCUCAAGGCCUGGAAACUACACCUUACGAGCCAGGUGAGCCGACUGCCGCUCGCGCUCUGUACCGCGACCAAGUGCGCCGUGACCCAGCUGGGCAUCACAAUAACCACAAAGCACAUCGAGUUCGAGGUCACCGGUCGGGUGAUCCGCAACCAGGCGGCGCUGGGACGGCUCAGGCGGCUGCAACUUAUCUUAAAGAAUUUGCACUAUCGUAUUGGUGACGUUGAGCUCACGAAGCUGUUGGCGACGGCGGUGUUGACGGGUGGCCUGGAGAAGCUCACGAUUAUUUGUUUCAACGGCAAGCUUCCGAGCCCGGAUACUCCGGCCCUACUCGCCGGGCCCGCGCCCAGCCCGUCCGUCAAGACUCUCCACUUCUCCCUCAGUCCGGCAACAGAGCCCUUCGUCAGCUUCGUCCUGGCCGCGCACGCCGCGACCCUGGAGAAAGUCUCGCUCGGCGAAAGCCCGUGCAGUUGGAGUGCCUCGAGCUCCAUCGCGGCACAGCUCGCCGGCAUGCCCAACCUGCGCGAGCUGACGUGCUGUCUGCUGCCCGGCCUGCAGGCCGCAGCCGCCUGCAAGUCGCUCAGGCACUUCGAACUUCUGGUCUAUCGUCCUCAUCUCAAUCCCGAUGACGAGGCGCUUCGCAGAAACCUGCUGGACGCCGGGGAGUUCCUGCGCCGCGCAGACCAGCUGGAGUCGGUGCGCCUGGAGUACCUAUCUGAUGACGUCCGCGUCGGUCCCUCCGUCCUGUCCCUGUCUCCGCGGUCCCGCCCUCAGCGCCUGGUGAUCGUCGACGACCACUAUUUUGAGCAGGAUUCGGACUAUCCGCACCUGCAGCCGCUGCUCGCCGCCCUGCCGUCACUGACGGCCCUGCACCACCUGGAGCUGAACGCCGUCGUGCUCGACGGGCUGGCCGGGGCCCUCACCCCCGUCACGGCGCCGGCGCUGCGCACCCUAAAGCUGCGGCCCGUCCAGGGCCGGACACCGUGCGCCCAUGCGUACCUGCACAGCAGGUCGAUGGCGACCCUCCUGGCCGACAACCCCGCGCUCCAGGUGCACGUGCACGCGCGCAAUGUCUGCCUGGAGGUCGACACCUGCGAGACGUGCCGCCGGCACUGCCAUCAGGAGCUGCGCUGCAUCCGCUGGCUCACGAAGGGAGAGAUGCUCAGCGACGACCGCAAGGAUGUCGCCGACUUCCAAUGUGGGUGGAGCAUGUGGAUCAACAUUACAAGGUGUAAUCUCCUUUUCAAUAAUGGUAGUCGCUCUUGAUUUCGGUUGGCUAGUCAUUGGCUUUGAGUAAUGGGCAGAAUUCGUACAUUACAGUAACUUUCCUGUGUGUGAACUUAUUUUUUUAAGUGUGCUUCUCUAUUGAUCGAGGGUUAUGC